AUGGCCGCCCUCACAUCAGAUCAAAUCAAAGUCCUCGAGCAAUCGCGUCAAAGGCUUGUUCAGCUGACUCGCUCUCUCGGUUCCCUUAUAGGCAGCUUAGACAAGGGCGAUCCCCUCCCUCCGUGGUGUGCAGACCCGAUCCACCCAAUCUGUCUUAGCGGACUGCUCGAACUAAUCUGGCAUACCAGGUCUUCCCUCCAAUCGCAAGCAAGCAUCAUCUCUAAUAACCUUGUGAGCGUAUCCGAACACCUCUCCGACCAUCGCGAUCUCCUCUCCUCCCUUGUUGCCUACCCCGGGCCAGACUACCCGGGCCGUACACAAGCCAACACCCUCGAGCAGCUUCUGCGCACGAAACUUGACCCCCGCGUCGAGGACUGGGUAGCCCGGGGUCGUGUGGCAGGCACCGAGCAACCUGAUUCCGCCCUGGCUCCUUUCAACUCAGUGCCCAACCCAAGCGCCGCGGCGACGGCCAAGGAAACUCUCAGCGAGUCCGAGCUCGCGGAGCUUUGGGAAUGGGCACCAAUCGAGGCCAACCAAGAAGCACGGCGACGGAAUUGGGGUGGAAAUUUCACUCUUGAAGAGCGCGAGCAGGGCAUAGAGAAUGUGGUGACAGGGUUGCAGAAGCCCUUGGAGGAUGAUGAAGGUGACGAAGAUGAAGAGGAGGGUUCCGAUGAAGAAGGUGAAGACGAGAUGGAGAUUGUGGGCGUGCACCGCAAGGCAGGUGGUGGCUCAGGCUUGGAGUUUGACAUCGCACCUCAUCAUGCCCACGCCGUCCAGCCAGUCGUGCCGUUGGCAGAAAUUCUAAGAUACAUGACUACCGGGCGCAUGCCGUAG